AUGACGGUCAAGGAGCAUAAGGUGUAUAGUGCUGAGGAGGUUGCGAAGCAUAAUUCACCUGGUGACUUGUGGAUUGUUAUUGACGCAAAGGUCUUUGACGUAUCGCGCUUUGCGAACUUGCAUCCUGGAGGAGCUGCUGUGUUGUUAGCAAAAUCCGUCGCUGGACAGGAUGCAACAGAAACUUUCUUCGGAUUACACAGACAUGAGGUAUUACUUCGUCCACACUAUGCUCGUUUGCAAAUUGGUACACUCGAAGGAGAAGAAGAGGUUGUGAAGGCCGCUGCGCCGGAUGCACUCUCUGGCGUUCCGUAUGCUGAACCGACGUGGCUCGCAGAGGGUUUCCAUAGUCCUUUUUAUACGGAUGGGCAUCGUCGAUUCCAACGUGCUAUGCGGAAGUUUGUUAGUGAGGUUAUUGCUCCGGAGAUGGAGCGAUGUGAAGUGAAUGGGAAGAGGUUAAGUCAGAAUGUUGUUGACAAAAUGUCGGAGAUGAAUAUCCAUGCUAUGCGACUAGGUCCAGGGAAACAUCUUAAAGGCCGCAAACUUAUGGGUGGCACUAUCACUCCGGAAGAAUUCGAUUACUUCCACGAGCUCAUUAUUUCUUUUGAGUACGGGCGACUUGGGUUACGUGGCUCAAUGGACGGCCUUCUUUCUGGUGGUGUCAUCGGAUUGCCUCCUGUGCUCAACUAUGGCUCUCCUGAGCUACAAGCACGCGUCGUACCGGAUGUACUUAACGGAAAGAAACUAAUUUGUCUUGCUGUGAGCGAGGCAUUUGCAGGUAGUGAUGUUGGUGGGAUGGAAACUACUGCGACGAGGUUGCGAGAUGGUAGUUGGGUUGUGAAUGGUACGAAGAAGUGGAUUACGAAUGGUGUCUUUGCGGAUUUGUUUACGACUGCUUGUCGGGUGGUUGACGAGAACGGAAAAGAACGUGGAUACGUUGUGCUCCUUAUUGAACGUGGAGAGGGUGUCGAGACGAAGCCUAUCAAGACGAGCUACUCGGCGACAGCAGGGACGGCGUUUGUUAUGUACGACAAUGUAAAGGUCCCUGCUGCGAACACUGUUGGAAAGGUAGGCGAUGGGAUGAAAGUCGUUCUGAGCAACUUCAACCACGAACGAUGGAUGAUUGUCUGUGUCGGUUUACGAACGCAACGGUUAAUCGUGGAAGAAUGCUUGAAAUGGGCAAACCAACGAAAAGUUUUCGGAAAGCCGCUCAUCGCGCAAGCGGUCGUACGGGCAAAAAUUGCCGGUAUGAUCUCACGCGUUGAGGCGUGUCAGAACUGGCUUGAACUGAUAACUCACCAAAUGAACAAUAUGUCCUACGAAGAACAAUCCGACAAACUCGCCGGUCCGAUCGCGUUGCUUAAACAGUUUAUCACGAAAUGCGGAAGAGAGAUUGCAGAGGAUGCGACGCAGGUUUUCGGCGGGCGUGGUAUCACAGCGACAGGCAUGGGAAGGUUGAUUGAGAAUUUCCAUCGUACGUCUCCGUUUGAUGCGAUAUUGGGCGGUGCGGAGGAUGUAAUGGGGGACCUGGGAGUGAGGCAGGCUUUGAGAAAGAUGCCGAAGAAUGCUAAACUUUAGUUCCUUACUUGUAUGCAUGUAUAUUAUAUUUUCAC